UUACUCAGUGUCGUCUGCGCUACCUCAUCCUUUCUUCGAAUGCCUGUCGACACACACCACUAUAACGAUAUCCUCAACUCUGCCAUUAUCACCAUCAGUGGCGAUGCCUUCCAUGCAGACCUCCCCAACAUAGACAAGGACGCCUGGUCUGCUAUUCUGUACCCAAAGAGCGCGAAGGAUAAAGAUGAGAAUCAGCGUCUCGAAUUUCUAGGUGAUGCAGUCAUGUAUCUUUGCAUUGGUCUUGAGUUGUAUGAACGUUACCCCGACGCCACGCCACACUUUCUCACUGCGCUACGCCAACCACUUCUCACAAAUCUUGUGUUUUCCAUGUUGAUUGAGAAAAUGGAUCAGCGGGCGGCAAGGUCUUGUUCCAUCUUAGAACAAUUCGCAACACUGAGGAAGCAAGCAUGGAUUACGGCGAAGCAGGUCCGGGCGAGGAUACCGAAGAGUACUGUGAAAUCUGUGGCAGACACUCUGGAGAUGGUCAUUGGAACCGUCUUUCUCCACGGCGGUCUCAAGCCUGUGCGCGACUGGGUGUCGGAAACUUAUGGCACGGUGAUCACCGAAGCAGUGAAGGUCUGGUAUAACUGCAAGAACCCGGGUGACGCGAGCCCUAGCAAAAAAAGGAAACGCGAAGACGAUAUUGAAGCCCAUGAGACCCCAUGUUCCAAAAAACGCAAGAAAUUGAGCAUCGAAACGUCGAAGUUAAAGACACCGAAGCCGAAGACACCGAGUAAGCUGGACUCUUUUUCAUUGCCCGCGCUUAUGUCGCAACUUAUCUCAACUUCGAAGAAUCAUGGAAAGAGCGCUCGCACAGAAGUCCGACUCGUAUCAUCUAUACUCCUGUCCAUCAUAAGAAAUCGUUGCCUUCGUCAUCUGGCCCUGCCGUGGCUCCGCCAAAUCGACCUGUGCCCAUCAUCAUCGACCUUACAAACGACGAUGACGACUCCGAUGAGGAUGACGACGGCACUGUGGAUGCUGAAGGGCCAACUUUCAAUGUUCCCAUAUGGAUUGACCUUACUCACGACGAAGAGGAAGAUGUUUCAAGGGCCCAAUCCUCAAGCGCUGCACUUGAUCCAUCUAUCUCCCGGACAUGCGAUGAUGACUUGAACGCCGGUAUUGCCAACAACAUUCACAAGGGUACCAUCAUAGCGAAUGCGCAGGCUAGUUCGAGCAGAUCGCAGUAUGUGACAGAUACGUUGCCUGGCCUUUUGUUCCGCCACACCGGGAAGCCGAGCCCACUUGGCCUACACUCGAUGAAUCUGCCACCUCUGUUGCCACACAGAUCUGGCGCCGAGCGCGAAGGCAAUAUCUACACGUCGAACCACAUGCCAUCCGCGAACCCUUAUGACGAAGAGUAUGACAGUGACUACGAGCGUCUCUACAGCGACCACACUGCAAAGCAUCGACAGGAGUCAAGCAGGAGCGAUGACGAUGAUUCGGAUGUUGAGCAGGUUGUCCAUGAUCUCUCGCUGGACUCCGAUAAAUGCACCUAGGACACCUCUUUUGGUCUACUUUGAGCUCCACCAUGAGCAAGAUGACCCAUAGCGACUGGAUGUGCUUGCCAGCAAACCUUAUAUAUGCUUACGUCCAGUUACGAACGUGCAUUGCUACUGCCUACGCCGUUUGGACUCUUAUAUCCCCGAACGGAGCCCGUUAUCUCUUCAAAUGCCACACUAUGUCUCCUGCAUGCCCCUCUUUCCCUCAAUCACCCAUCCCACCCGUCGUCCGUAAGCUAGUCAUAAACUAGCUGUCUUCGAUCUGUAGGCACUACCUGAGCGUCCAUGCUUGGGGCUCGUGCUUUGUUCUUAUUCCCGCGGAUUUACUACAACAUUCUUUGUCCAGCGUCAGGCCCCACAUCGGAUUGUAAUCGUCAAAUGUACUGUAUUCCCUAUACACGAGCCUCAACAAGUUUUAUGUUGAUUUUCUC